AUGACGAAUGGGAACCACAAACAAAGUCACAAACCACGACAUCCAGCAGUAGCACUUGCAGCUACAGACUCAGGAUCAAAAUGUAUUACUUGCAAUAGAAGUCAUCAAUUAUUUUCAUGUGAAACUUUCAAACGUAAAUCCAUACAACAGAAGUACGAUUUACUAAAACGUCAUAAAUUGUGCACAAACUGCAUGAAACCUGGUCAUAUGGCAUUACAAUGCUCCAGCAGGGGUUGUACUAUAUGCCAAAGAAGACAUAAUACACUGUUGCAUCAAAAUAGACACCCAGUUCAAUCAUCAAAUCAUACGUCAGUUGAAAACACUUCAAGGCCACUUGCACAAACAACUCUAAUGUCAUCCAUCAAUCAUGGUCAUACCAGUUGCGUUCUUUUAGGAACAGCAAAACUUUUAGCCUCCAACUCUAAUGGAAGAACAGUCGAGUGCAGAGCAGUACUGGAUUCAGGUUCACAAAUAAAUAUUGUGACUGAACGAUUGGCAUCCAGAUUGGGGCUGCAAGUAAGCUCUAGUUCGAUUUGCAUCGAAGGCAUAGGGAUAGGUAAAUUGAGUUCUAAAAGUCGUACAACACUUUCUGUGCAAUCAAAAGUGACCGAUUACAAAACAAUACUUGAAGCAUUUGUGUUGCCAAAAAUUGUGUCCAAUCAACCAUUGCAACACUUACAAAUUUCAAAUUGGAAUCUGCCCAAUAACAUCCAAUUAGCAGAUCCUACAUUCUAUAAGUCUGACAAAAUUGAUAUGUUGCUUGGAGCAGAAUUUUAUCAUCAACUCCUAAGUCCUGGUCAAAUACAACUUUCAAGGGAAUUACCAAUUCUACAGAACACUGUGCUCGGAUGGAUCGUAUCUGGAAAAGUCGAAAAUGCUAACACAAUGAUUGCAACAUGUGGAAUAGCAUCAGAAGAUAGUUUAGAAAAUGCAAUAGAACAACUCUGGAAGGUUGAAGAAGUUGAUACUCACUCAAAGGUCUUGUCAAUAGCAGAGCAACAAUGUGAAGCUCAAUUCACUCAAACUACAUAUCAGAAUGUUACAGGACGAUUCAUCGUACGUCUUCCUUUUAUAAAUGACAGAUUCGCUUUGGGAGAUUCGAAAGACAUUGCUACAAAUAGAUUUCUAGCACUAGAGCGUAGACUUUCAAAGGAUAGUCAUCUCAAACGACAAUAUGUAGAGUUUUUAGAUGAAUAUGAAAAAUUGGGACAUAUGACCGAAAUAGAUAUUGAAAGGAUUAUGUCACCACAUUACUUUAUACCACACCAUUGUGUGCUUAAACCCGACAGUACCACCACUAAGUUACGUGUGGUAUUUGAUGCAUCAUCCAAAACAACAUCAGGGCAAUCUCUCAAUGAUUUACUACACACCGGACCAACUGUUCAAAGUGAAUUACUGUCUAUUUUAUUACGAUUCCGUCUUCCUCGUUAUGUGUUUACAACAGACAUUGAAAAGAUGUACCAACAAAUACUUGUACAUCCAGAAGACAGACAAUGUCAGCUUAUAGUUUGGAGAAAUGAACCAAGUCAACCUAUAAGGUACUUUGAACUCAACACAGUAACAUAUGGUACUAGAUCAGCACCGUAUCUAGCAACCAAAUGUUUGCAAGUUUUAGCUGAUGACAAUAUGCAAAAUUAUCCAUUAGGUGCAUCUGCUCUCAAACAAAACUUCUAUGUAGAUGACUGUUUACACGGGGCAGAUAGUCUGAGAACAUUGUUGGAAACUCAGAGUCCAUUAAACAAAAUACUGACAGCAAGCGGUUUUAAAUUGCGAAAAUGGUGCGCAAAUCAUCCAAGUUUGCUACAAGGAAUUCCACACGAUGACCUAGAAGUCAAUUUAGAUUUAGAAAAUCUUCAAUACAACACCAAAUGA